AUGGUGGAAGGCUACGCAUCCAAGUUGUUGCUCAUUGACCUGAAGACAGCAAGCCCUGGGUCCCUCUUACGCUCCCUGCUCCAAGCCAUGGAGAGAUCUGGCCAGAGUCCAGCCUUCCGGUUUCAGCCCCAGAGGUUUGGUAGAAAUGCCCAGGGGCCCUGGAGCAAUGAGAGGCUGAGUCCCCAGGCUGGAGAGUUCUGGAGCCUGGCUACCCCUCAGAGCUUUGGGAAGAAGUAACAGUGCCAUCCCUGUGUUUGCAUGCAAGGCCCACACCCCACAGUGUCAUGUGUCUCCCCAAAUAAAAUG